AUGGUCAAAGAGUAUGCUGAGUAUGCUGCUAAGGGUAUCCGUACCAUCAGGGAAGGGAGAAACGGCCAAAUCGUUAUAGUACCCAAUAAGGCCGAUGACAUAAGCGCGGAAGAGGUCAAUAAGAGCUUAGUGCCAAUAGAAACGAUGGUGGUGAACACAAUAAAGAAGCAUCUGGAUGGUAAAGAAAUUAUUAUCAGAGGGAUAGAUGCAGUCACUACCAAAGAGGAUGUAGUAUCGGCGGUACUGAAUAAGCUGGAGAUCGAACCACAAGACUGUAAAGCAGGUAAUUUAAGACCUUAUUUUGAAUGUAAUCAUUCGAUUACCGUCACUAUCGAGAGAAGCAAGACUGACAAACUUCUAUUGGCAGGUGAAAUAAAAAUUGGCCUGAACACGUGCAGUGUUACCGAAUGGAUACCGGUAACACAAUGCUAUAGAUGCUGGGAAUUUGGCCACACCAGGGUGAACUGCAGAACUGAGAAGCAAUGA